AAGUUUUUGAAUAUUUGGAUGACCGAGAUGAAAUUCUUGGUUCACCGAAUCCUAAAACUUUCAGUAACUUGUUUUCAUGUUUAUUAGUCAAUAGUCAUUGGUGUGAAAGUGUUAUACCCAUCCUUUGGCGUCAUCCUUUUCAUCGUUGUCAUAAAAGAGGUGGAAAACUUUUAAUUCAAACUUUUCUUUCUUGUCUUAACAAUACUGAACGUCAACAAUUAUAUAACGAUGGUGUAUAUGUCCCUGGAGGAAAAUAUGAUUUACCC